AGAGUAUUCACAAAAGUGUCCACGUUGGAGUCUUUACACCAUAAUUACACGUCUCUGUUUUACUAUCCCUUUCUCGACAUGGGAUCAAGAAUUUCGGCCGUGAAGAGAAACGAUCACAAUGACAAUCGACAAGGUGUCUACAAAUCACUAAAUGUCUUACACGAAGAAGAUCGGGCAAGAGACUUGGCGCGACCGGAGAAAUUAGACAUUUUACUUGAUCGACCACCUCUACCGGAAGAAGUUUUGUUAGAACACGCUUGGAACCCGAACGAUCGAUCGGUGAACAUUUUCGUCAAAGAUGACGACCCACUCACAUUUCACAGGCAUCCCGUAGCACAAAGCACAGACUGUAUACGAGGAAAGAAAGCCUAUAGUCGCGGAUUUCAUGUCUGGGAGAUUCAAUGGUCGACAAGACAGCGCGGGACCCACGCAGUGGUAGGGGUAGGAACAUCUAAAGCUCUUGUUCAUUGUACGGGGUACCAUUCACUCGUUGGUAACAACGAAGAAAGUUGGGGAUGGGACAUUGUACGAAACAAACUUUAUCAUAAUGAAAAGAACGUUUCAUCAGUCAAGUAUCCAGUUUUAUCAGACAGUGAUCAUAGCUUUGUGGUCCCGGACAAGUUUCGCGUUAUAUUGGACAUGGACGAAGGCACAAUGGCGUUUGAAACGAACGAUGGACGUUAUUUAGGGGUCGCUUUUCGGGGCAUGAAAGGAAAAUCUGUGUAUCCAAUUGUAUCUGCUGUUUGGGGACACUGUGAAAUCACGAUGAGAUACAUCGGAGGACUUGAUCGUAAGUAGUGAAUAUUUUUCUUAUGUGUUCGAUGUCUGUGUGACUCACGAAUUGUUGACUAUAUUGUUUCGUGCGCGAACGCAGAUCUUUUGUUUACACUACUUCUAUUAUAUUGUUCUUUCCUAGCGCUAAAGCUGUUGAAACAGAACUCUCUUUUUCUCCAAAUUCACUUUCACUUUCUCUUAAAAAAAGAUUUUUAACCAAUGUGUAAGAUACCUUUCAUGAAGGAGUUAAAAUGUCUUUGGUUGUUUACGACUUGAAAUAUUCAUUCAGUGCAAUUUCACUUCCUUUACGUCACAUACGAAAAUGAUCUCAAUGGAGCGGUCAUGACGCGCACUAAACAAAGACUGUUGUUUUGCCGUUUCUCUCGUUUGUUAGGCCGGAUUUGAGCCUUUUUCCAUCUCUGUGUAGUGAAAGUAGAGUACUGAAAAUGAGAUUCUAAAAUGUAAGAGAGUUUCGUCAAUUCUUCUCAAUGAAAUAAAAAAAAUUGACUAUUCACGUUGCCCAAACGUGACAUUUAAGUUUAGAACGGAUUAUUCGAGUCAUUGAACACAUUUGCAUCUACUAGGUUGACUAAGAAAAAAACAGUUGCUAUCAUCUUCCACGGGGUUUUGGGGGGGGACUUUUUUUUUAUUGAACCGGCUGAUAUUCCCCUCUUCGCUUUCGAAUUAUUGUUUCAACUGGUGAACGAAAAUUAAUAAUUCAUUUCCUUUAAGAAGCAAAUUUAUCUUUUGGGAGUUGCAGUCGCGAUUUCCGCUCGUAGAAACUUGUCUAUUUGCCAGAACCGUACCUUUUCUCUCCGCCGAGAAUACUUUAUUAAAUCUUUUUGUCGUAUCGGAAAUUUUCAAAAGCUGCCUCUUUUAGAGAAACUUUGAUCUCAAAAGCUGAAUGCAAACAAAGGAACAAUAAGAUCACAAAGAAGCUAUUUCGUUUCGCUGUUCAAAAAGCGUGGCGCGUGCCGAACCACCUGUUGCAUGUAGCGAACGCUGAAAGCGUGGCACAAAGCCAUUCAAAGACCAGUAUGCAAUCCAUAGAACGCGAAAGAGUUCCUGCCGUCUGCACAAUAUUGCGAUCCAACUUAAGAGUUUUCUUUUAAGAACUUUAAGUUUUGGUUUUCCGUUCCCCCACCCACAAAAAGCAGCCCUCUGUUACCACAGAGCUUUUGUCAUGUAGAAAAAAUGUUUGCCAAGGAAAAAAAAUUUUUCGUUGUUGAAGUAAUAAUGACACUGUUAGAAAAAAAUGAGAGCCCUGAAAGAAUAUUUUUGAUUUGUUAGAAAAGUUUAAUAUACUUUCUUUUAUGAAAGAAAACAAAAUGGGCUCUUGUGCUUGAAAUUCGAAAAAAGGACCUUUAGAAGCUACAGUUUUCAAUCAUUGGAAAGUGAAAUUGCAUUACUUUCGAGUUCAUGCAUCCUCUGUUAUCUUUUCAAGUAAUAUGAACUGCAAUAAGUAUUUAGCCUUAUUAUUUUCUUCCUUUUCUUACUUGGGAACAUCACCAUUGCUUUAAAUUGGACAAAACCCAGUCGACAGAACAAACAGAUGUAAACUGGAAGAGAUUGUUAAUGGAUAGGCACCUGUUGCUAUGUGUUAGAAUAAGUUGUUAUCCUUGAUCCAGAUUGCUUAAUUUAUGUUGAGUAAUCAAAUUAAAAGUAUUAAUCCCAUCAGUGGUAGUGAUACCAAAAGUACUGUCUAUUUUCAAACUUAAUGAAGCUUUCUGUGAGCUUAAGAGAAAAUCAAUCUUUUCAUCUUGGGUGGUAUUUAAUCUUGAAGCUUUAUUGUUGUUAUUCGUGUUUUUUGGUCCAUUAAACUGUACUUAUUGUCCUGCGUGGCUUUGGGUGUGGUUUAUUAAACACAAUCUUUUUUUUUUCUUUUCAAACAGCUGAACCUCAGCCACUGAUGGAUCUAUGCCGUCGCACAAUCCGCAAAUCUCUUGGAAAAGAACACCUUACCAAGACUAAUGUGGACAAACUUCCAAUUCCUGUUCCUAUGAAGAAAUACCUUUUAUACCAGCAAGGGUGGUGA